CAAUAAUAUUAUUGUUUUGUUAAUUUUUAUUGCCAAAAAACUCCAAGAACUUUGGUUUGGUUUUGAAACUAUUAAAAUCCUACCUACAUUUUAAUUCAAUCACAAUGAUAACCCGACGGUGUGUUCGUAUAAAUACCAGAUCCGUAGUUUAUUUAAUAAUGUCAGUAAUUCUCACCCACAUUAGGAUUACUCAAACUUCUGUUAACUCCAAUAACCCGGAAGUGAUUUUAACAAAACUGGAGAAAACCAGUACUGAUAAUGACCGCAACGCUCUCACCAUCAAUUCCGGAAAUAAAUUCCCUUCGGAUACGAGUCACUGUCCGAACGAUACAUUGUGCAGCGAUCUGCCGAAUUCAUGCCUCCACUGUAACUAUAACGCGCAGUGUAUCUACGGUUCGGAAAUCAACGUAACGUGCAGUCCGAAAACCACCGUCAGCUGCUUGCCGGAUGGUUCCGGUGGGACAGAAUCGAAGCGCAAAACUAUAUGUCGGUACUGCUACCAAACGGAACGGUGGGAGCAGGUUUGCGAACAGAAAGGUGGAUGCAAUUCGAUCGAUUCGCAAUUCAAAACAAACUGUACGGUAAAUGCGGAAAUUCUUUGCAUGGGACACAGGACUUUUAUGAGGAAAGUUCCGUGCAACUGGACGCAGGGCUAUCGCUGGUCCACGACGCUGAUCUUGAGCAUAACGCUGGGAGGAUUCGGCGUCGAUCGUUUCUUCCUGGGACACUGGCAGGAAGGAAUCGGCAAGCUGUUCAGUUUUGGAGGUUUGGGAGUGUGGACGUUGAUCGAUGUGCUUUUGAUCUCAUUGCAUUAUUUGGGGCCAGCCGAUGGAUCGUUAUAUAUUUAAGGAAAAAACUGAAAUUCUCGAUAGAAUAAUUCAUGUGAUAAAUAGAGUAGAUUGUUUAAUAA